CCAAAAAAAAAAAAAGCGUCCAUCGUUUCGUACAUUCGUAGAAAAUAUACACUUUCGUGGAACGCGCUAGUGUAAUCGUAUCCUGUACGUGAAAGGACACUGUAACACUGUAGGAGGAUGGUUUGUGUCCGUUUUUGUUGGUAUCAAUGGAGGAGGAAAAGGGCUCAGAUAAAUGAUUACGAGACUCUCAAUCCAUCCGCCAUUGAUUUUUUCUUACUUGCUCCGCUGCUUGUGAACAAAGAGGACGAGUGGCGAGAGAGAGUGGGGAAGAUGAAUAUUGCUCUCAUCACCGUGGCUCUCCAUUCAUUUCUCUCCAUGCCAAUUCCUGCCUAUGGUGGGUGGAUAUGUCUCCCAGUCCCUCUAGAAUUAAAGCGAAACAUACUGCAGAGAUAGAGAGCGUGCGUGGAGCUCUUUCGCUAAAUAUUAAUAAAUUGGUCGAUAACAUCGAACAGGAUGUUCCAGACUCUUGUGGGAACCAUGCGAGGCUGCUGUGAAGAUGGGGAAGGGAAGAGUUGUGCCGGAAGCGAGAGCGCUCGCCAAAUGGGCGCCAGCCUUCGCGACCGCAACCCUAUCCCCCUCGAUAAACAUUUUAUCCGCUCGUUUCUGCAUGUCUUACUUCAACGUAUUAUUGGAUUUGUCGCGAAUACGUGCUUGUACAUAAUGAACACACGAAGUUAGUUCACGGAGAGCAAAUAACUGCUCAAUUGAAAAGAUCCACGGACAUGCUUCUAAUUAAUGGUCCACUGUGAUAUAACACGAAACUACUGGAGAGGAGCAACUGUCGCAGGUUUAGUUUCAAGAUAAAGAUGUUUUUGUUGU